AUGGAGAAUGAAGAUCAACUCACGACCCUGCGGUUGCUCUUAUGUCCCAAUGAAACAAUCACUCCAGAUUCACCGGAAUAUCGACCGCUGGUUCAAACAUGGGCAUCACAAAAGCAAAUGAACCCUCGCCUUCUGGUUCGACCCACCUCGAUUGAGUCUCUAAGCAAGGCCAUUGCCUAUCUCUACUCUUCGAGUCUGGACUUUGCUAUCUAUGGACAUGGCUUCAUGUCCGCAUCAGCAAGGGACGUCCUUGUGAACACCUCGUCUUUUGAUGAUUUCCACCUCGACAGGCACUCUGAAUUGGUGACCAUCGGCGCCGGGCAGACAUGGGCAGAGGUAUAUCGGAAAUUGCAAGAGGCAGCGCCGGACUAUGGAAUUGUGGGGGCCCGCACCCCUUGUGUAGGAGUCGCAGGCACCAUUAUCAGUGGAGGCUUUUCAUGGCUCUCGAGUGAGUAUGGCUGUAUCUCCGACCCGGCGAACAUGUUAGAUAUGAAAGUUGUCAAGUAUGACGGCUCGAUUGUGUGGGCCUCCCGGGAGCCAGAGCUACUGUGGGCACUCCGUGGCGGUGGAGGUGGCUUUGGUGUGGUGGUGCAAGUUGUGCUUCGAGUAUUCCUAUAUCCCCAGAAUAUCUGGGCGGGUCCGAUUCUGAUCCCCCGGGAGCAGCUCCACCAGGUGGCAGAGGGAAUUGCAAGUUUGGUUUCCAAACCAGUUGAUCCAAAGAUCACCAUGUUCUUAUAUGUCGUCAAGAAACGGCUGUUAGAGUCUAUUGGGACGGACUCGGACAUGUUGGUGAUCCAUGCCUUCGACGCCCACGGUGAAGCCCAUGGCCGGGCCAGCUUCCGGUGGGCAUUGGACAUUGCUGGAGUUGUUGAUCAAACAAGAGUAACUACUCUGGCUGGAGUUGCAGAUCUACAAAACAAAGUACAUAUAGCCAAAGGUUCUAUGAAACAAUUCUGGGCACCUUUACUACUACGUGAGCUUUCGAAGGAGACCAUUAUCAAAGCGAUCCAAUGGUCCGAGGACAUCCAACACCUAGACGAGUCUCUUGCCGAUUGCACUUAUCUUAUCUUCGAGAUAUUGAGUUCGCGUGACCCAGCAGGAUCAAUGUCGAGCUGUGCCUGGCCAAGGCCACCUGGCGGAAAACAUAUUUUACUCCUCGGCACCGGAUGUCCUUCUGGCGAUGGACCAGAUAAAGAGAAACUUGCUCGAGACCUGGCCAUUGAGGCAGCGUCCAAGAUUUUGGGGGCAGAUGCAGAGGUACAUUACCUGCCAAAUGGGUUUGAGGACUUUCACGAUCCUAAAAAGAUUUGGGGCCCUCAUUUCGAGAAACUGCGCGUCUUGAGGAGACGAUAUGACCCCCAUGGCAGAUUCAAGGCAGCGGUUGAUGUAUAA